AAAUAUUUAAACUUUUGUAUAUAAUUAGAAAAAACAUAAAUUUGUGUGUGAUAAUUGUGUAUAGAAAAAUAAAAAAUUCAUGUGUCUUGUCAAUUCAAAAUAUUGUAGUAAUAUACAAUUUUCCAAUGUAGAAUUGGAAAAAAAUAGUUUGAGUGUAUUUUGUGAAUAAAUUUCUUGGCCAAUUUCUUUUCCUAGAACUGCCUUUGAUUCCAAGAAUAUCUGUAUAACUACAUCUAUAGUUAUUGUUGUGAUUGAUGUGUGUCGAGUGCAAAAAUUUACCACUAGCAAUUUAAUAAGAAGAAGCUGAAUCAAAAAGAAAAAAAUCAUACGUAAUAUACAAAAACUGUUUAUCAAAUUUAAUGAACAAACCAAGAAAAGGUGAUAUGUAUUCAAAAUACAACACAGAAAGUGAAUUUCAUCAACGUCGUAGUUUUCAAGUUACGGAGAAUGAUUCAUAUUAUGUUCUCAAUGGAAAAAACAUAGUAAACGAUAGUUCAUUUUCUCAAUCAUUAAACGCUAGUAUUGGAAAGGAUGAAAAUGUUAUGAAAAUGCCAAAACGAUUUCAACAAGAAGUAUUUAAUCAACAAAUGACAUAUGAUUAUGAGAACGAUCGUGGGCUAGAAGAUGACUUUGAUUUGCUUCCGAAGUCUCCAGUUUCUAGAUACAGGACUUAUAAGCUAAGUUAUCAGCAUCACAAUGAUCAUCAUAGAGUGAGCGAAUAUCAGCAACAUCAAAAACAAGAGCAUCAAUACCGUCAAGGUCAACAGAGUUUACAACGUGAUAAUCAAAAUGAUCAAAGUUACCACUAUCAUUAUGCGAAAAAAAGUGCUUAUGAAGAUGUUUAUGGUAGCCAAAGUAUACCACCGUUCUGUGUUCAUCAGAGUUCUGUUAACAAACUCUUCAAUAACAAUAACAAUGAUAAUAAUUAUUACAAAAAAUAUGGUGACCGUUUUAUUGGAGAAAAACAUGAUCAUCAACCACUGCCAACAACAGAAUGUCUUCAACUGAAAUCUUCGGAUAAAUCCUUCCCUAAAUUUGCGGGUGAACAACACUACCAGCACUACUACUCUUAUUUCUAUAAUCAAAAUAGUCCUAGUUCUAAAUUAGUGAGUAGUGUGGGGCGUGGCAGGAAAUUGCCUAUCACAUCAAGAAUGCCAUUUUCAAAGAAGAAUGUACAUUCUGCCGAAAGUCAAUUAAUAGCCAAAUAUGACUUAAUAUCUGUCGAAGCCAACAAUUUGGUGCCGAACAAUAAUGAUUGUGAGAAUACGCCCCGUGCGAAUUAUAAUUAUGUUCUUAGAGAAAAAACUGCGAACAAUAACAAUGAAAUUGAUGCGUUUGAGAAUGGAAAUUGGCAUUUUGAGUCCAAUGAUGUGGCGCAGGUUAAAAAUGCUGGAGGGGAUUAUUUAGACCUAAAACCGUUUGAUGUUCAUGAAUAUAAUUCUAAUAGUUUUUGUAAAGAGGAUUCUAAAACAACCUUGUUUUUAGAACAGCUAAAAAAUAAACGUAAAUUACGAACCAACUCUGGAGAGAAUGGAGCAAAUUUUGGUUAUAAUAGUCAAAUUUCAAUUGAAGAAAUGGAUAACGUUGUAGAAAAUGAAAAUGCUUCAAAUGUAUACGAAUCAGCAAAAAGACAGCAGAACCAACAAUCUAUAAAUGUAAAAGAUGAGACCACUCAUAGACACGUCAAAUUACCUGUGACUCCAACAAAAUCAAAGGGUAAUACUUCAGCAAAAAAAUGUUCACCUCCACCAAAAAAUCGCCGAGUCUUAAUUUACAAUAUUCAAAGUCCACGUCUAUCUCGUUUAUCAACAUCUAAUACUCGAUUACAACGAUCUAAAUUUAAAAUUCACAAUGAGACAAAGGACUAUAACAAAACUGCAACAGGUGCAACAUCGUGCGAAAACAAAAAUGAUGCUGAUUUUAUUCAAGUACUUAAUUCUGUAAGUCAUAAAAAAAACUGUGAUAGCAGCAAGCAAAGUGAUGGGAAUAAAAAUGAUGAUCACCUUAAUGGAAAUAACGACGAUGACAACAGUGAUGUAGACGAUGAUGAUGAUUUUGAUAAUGUUUCAGAUUUUGGUACCAGUAGUGACUCAGACAUUUCUUCAGAUUCUGAAGAGGGCUAUAGGUCGUACGCUUAUAAAUUAACGCAUUCAUUGGAUGUCGUGUCUACUUCGCCAUCGGUAGAAUCUUCAAUAAAUUCUGAAUCUGAAAGUUUAGAUAACCCUGAUGCUCUUUUAGUACCCAGUUUGUUUCCGAACGUACCACCGUAUUUAGCGUUUUCUUCGAACACCAAAAAGGGUCCCGAGGUUCCCAGUGAUCUCUAUAGAAUACUUAAAUGGAGAGUCACAAAUGUUAUGCCGCGUGUAGUACGCUCGAUUUUAGCGAAUAGUGGGAUGCGUUUAUUAAAAAAAACAAAUGACUGGAUGGGUGUCUGGGGAAAGCAUAUGAAAUCGCCGUGUUUUAAAACAAUCCGGCCAUACCAAAAAAUCAAUCACUUGCCAGGAUCUUUCAAAAUAGGACGAAAGGAUUCUUGUUGGAAAAAUUUAGUCAAAUUAAUGGCGAAGCAUGGAAAGAAGGACUUUGGAUUUAUGCCCAAAACCUACAUUAUACCAAAUGAUUUAAAACAGUUACGAAAAAGCUGGCCAAAAUAUGCUCAAAAAAAUGUUAAAUGGAUAAUAAAACCACCUGCGAGUGCAAGGGGUACAGGAAUUCGGGUAGUCGAUAGAUGGGCACAAAUACCUAAACGAAAACCUCUCAUAGUGCAGAAAUACAUUGAACGCCCGUUGCUAAUAAAUGGAAGUAAAUUUGAUUUACGUUUGUAUGUUUUAGUAACAUCUAUUAACCCAUUGCGAGUUUACAUGUAUCAUAAUGGCUUAGCCCGAUUUGCAUCAGUUAAAUACAGUGACAAAUCAGAUACAUUAAACGACCGUUGUAUGCAUUUAACCAAUUAUAGCAUAAACAAAUUCUCAUCUAACUAUUCUAAGAAUGAAGAUGUCAACGCCUGCCAUGGCCACAAGUGGACGAUAAAAUCGUUGUGGACAUAUUUGGGAAGCCGUGGUGUUCGUACGGAUCUGUUAUGGUCAGCUUUAAAAAGUUUAGUUCUGCGUACAAUUUUAGCUGGCGAAAAUUCAAUUAAUAAUAUGAUAAGAGCAAAUGUCGAGUCAAAGUACAGUUGCUUUGAAUUAUUUGGUUUUGAUGUUCUCUUAGAUGCAGAUUUAGUUCCUUGGCUAUUAGAAGUCAAUAUUUCACCGUCAUUGCAUUCUGAGCUACCGCUAGAUUCACAUGUAAAGGCACCACUUGUCCAAAGUGUUUUAAAUACUGCUCUAUAUAAUAUACCACCUAAAAUUCCUAUCGAGCGACAAAGAGAAAUUGCUAUGGAAAUGUCAUUGCCACCAGGACCUAUUUGUUACGAUAAACGGAUGUAUAUUAAUUAUUUAUCGCGAGCUGAAAAAAUUAAGCAUAAUACUUUCACACGUAAAAGUAUGGAGGAUCGUGAUGAGUACGUUAAUGGUAUUUUGGAACAUUUAACGCCGGAUGAUGUACGAUGCCUCGUAAUUGCGGAAGACGAGUUGGCACGCUGUUCUCCAUUGGAACGCAUUUUCCCUACCAUUGACACUUACAAAUAUUUAAAAUAUACUGAAGCACCUCGGUACUACAAUCGUUUGCUAGAUGCAUGGGAAUCACGUUAUGCCAAUAAUCGAACUGAAGGUAUUCAUCUAUUACGCCAAUACUGUGAAGAUCAAUAUCAUCUUCAAGUGCCUCAAAUACCAACUAAAAAGCCCCUAAACUAUAGGACUCGAGCGAUGAUGAAAAAUCGACACACCAGAUCAGCUCUUACGAUAGCAGCUUCUAGCAAUAAAUGGAGAGAAUUGCGGCGUAAAAUACAAAUUGCCCACAUCAACAAUAUGAUUUCAUCAAACAAUACCAAAUGCAAUGACCUGCUAUUCGAACAUAAUAAAAGCGAAGAGGAUGAAAUGACGGAAGAGGAAGUUACAAAUGAGAUAUAAUGCCAGCAAAUUACUGUAAACAUGCUACUUCUGAGUGCUACUACUAUGUAAAUUAAUGUGUUCUCAAAAUUCAGACUGACCAAAAAGAUCUUAAUAUAUUCCUUUAAAGUCGUCUUAUAAAUAUUUAAUAGAUGUUACUCUUUUUCUAUUAUGUACAAAUAGUCGUAAGAGAUGCUUUGUUCCCUCCAAAAUGUUAAGAUCUAUUAAAUAUGACAAUAUACUCAUUCGUAAGUUAAUUUUUAUUUUUUUCCAAAAUGUAGAAGUCUAUUGUUAUUGAGGCAAAUGUUUAAAUUGAACUUGAAAUAUUUUAUAAAUAGUAAACAAAUUGGAAUGUAAAUUGUUUUAAUAAAAAUUUUAGUAAAAUUGUAACUAAUAUACAAAUGUAAA